AUCGUGAGUAUGUCACUAGAACCCCCUCACAGUGUCAUCACCAAAUACUCAUCCCUGAGUGUAGCAAAAAAAGAAAACAGAGCUUAAAUAGUAAACAAUUUAGGGCCGAAUAUGAUACACAGUCUGUUUAUAGUAAACAGCGGCGGCGAGGUCUUCCUGGAAAAGCACUGGCGCUCUGUAGUCUCGCGAUCUGUGUGCGAAUAUUUCCUCGACGCCCAGCGAGCCGCUCCAUAUGAUGUGCCGCCGGUGAUAGCCACGCCCCACUACUAUCUGAUUACGGUGCAAAGGGAUACGGUGUCCUUGGUGGCCGCCUGCAAGCAGGAAGUGCCUCCACUCUUUGUCAUUGAGUUCCUACAUCGCGUAGUGGACACCUUCCAGGACUAUUUCGGGGACUGCUCGGAGUCCGUAAUCAAGGAUAACUAUGUGGUCGUAUAUGAGCUGCUCGACGAGAUGCUGGACAAUGGCUUCCCGUUGGCCACCGAGAGCAACAUCCUAAAGGAGCUGAUCAAGCCGCCCAAUAUCCUGCGCACCAUUGCCAACACGGUGACGGGCAAAAGCAAUGUUAGCACCACCUUGCCCUCGGGUCAGUUGUCUGCGAUUCCCUGGCGCAGAAGUGGCGUGAGGUACACCAACAACGAAGCGUACUUUGAUGUCAUUGAGGAGGUAGACGCCAUAAUAGAUAAAUCGGGUUCCACGGUCUUUGCGGAGAUCCAGGGACAUAUCGACUGUUGCAUAAAGUUGUCCGGUAUGCCCGAUCUGACGCUGUCCUUCAUGAAUCCUCGCCUAUUCGACGACGUCUCCUUCCAUCCUUGUGUACGCUUCAAGCGCUGGGAGGCGGAGCGCCUGCUCUCCUUUAUACCGCCCGACGGCAAUUUCCGUCUGAUGUCGUACCACAUUAGUUCUCAGUCUGUGGUAGCCAUACCCAUCUACAUUAGACACAACUUUUCGAUCAAAACGGGUGAGCAAGGACGUCUGGAUCUGACAAUUGGGCCAAGAAACACCCUGGGACGCACUGUGGACAAGGUGAAGCUGGAGCUGACUAUGCCGCGGUGUGUGCUCAACUGCCUGUUGACGCCGAAUCAGGGCAAGUACACCUUCGAUUCUGUGACAAAAACAUUGUCCUGGGAUGUAGGACGCAUUGAUGUGUCUAAGCUGCCAAAUAUUAGAGGAUCGGUUUCCAUUACACCCGGAACGACCAACAUCGAUGCCAAUCCGUCCGUGAAUGUCCAGUUCCAGAUCUCGCAGCUGGCCGUCUCCGGGCUCAAGGUAAAUCGCCUGGACAUGUACGGCGAGAAGUACAAGCCCUUUAAGGGCGUAAAAUACCUGACCAAGGCGGGCAAGUUCCAGGUGCGGAUGUAGACGAGAUCAGCAUCCCAAUUCCGAUUCCAGCUUUAAUUAAGUGCUAACGUUAAGUGUAUUCCACUGUUUUAUGUCAUUUUGCCCUCGUCUCUCCCUCUCUAUCUCAUCUAUGUAUCUAUAUAUCUACCCAUAAAAGUUUAACUUCAA